CUCAUUCUCAUAGUGCUUUGCUUGGGACACAUGUGCGGUGCUCUAUGGUUUUACACUGUUGACGAGGCUGACCAGGCGUUGGCUUUGCACAUCAUUCGGAAGGAUAAAGCAGACACACCACAGAUUAAUGUGAUACAACAACAACAACCAGAUGACAAUGAGGGUGAGGGAUCUUCUGGGUCGGAAAACGCCUCUUCAACAACUAGUGCUACUAUUAGUGGUGGGAGUUCAUCAACAAGCUUGAGAAGGCGAAUGCAGCUGAUGUCGAGAAUGGCUCCAUCUCGGCGACGUGGAGAGCAACCUGAAAAAUCCUGGUCAGAAGACGAGAAAUGGGUCGGAUCUACUUCGAGAACUACACGAGACCACGCAGCAAACGAUAUUAAACCAAGACGAGGACUCUCACUCAUAGACGACAGGCUAAGAAAUGAACUCCGUUUGCAGAAACUUCUCAAAAAUAGCGGCCAGGGUAGAAGAAGUACCUCCAGAGUCCAUAUUGAUGGACAAGAAGAAAAGGAAAGCCUUCACCUUGCGGAUGAAGACCUAGUCCAUGACUACCUCUGGGGCCGAUGGGAGGACCGACACUUUUUGGAGCCAGAGGGUACCACGGAUAGUGGUAAAGCAAGAAGUAUGGCUCUGUAAAUGAGAGUAGCAGUGCCCUCCAAUGAAUCUGUCUCACUCUGAGGGUAGAACUUAGUAAUUAGCUGUCCGCACCAUCUGUGUGUGCUGUUCAUCACUGGUCUGUCAUUGAGCAGAGAAUUGAGAGGUGCCGCUGCUAUCAUUUGGGGACUAGCGUGGAGCAGCGACAAGG